AUGGCACCUAUCGUCGUGGAUGAGGUUCGCACAGGCACGUACCGUCAGCUUCUCCACCGGGAACAGCUCAUUUCCGGAAAGGAAGAUUCAACAAGUUUCGCUCGCGGGCACCACACCAUUGGCAAAAAGAGUGUGGAUUUGGUUUUGGACCGCAUCAGGAAGCUUGCUGACAACUGCACAGGACUCCAAGGAUCCUGUUUCUACAGCGCAUGUGGCGGUGGGACAGGAUCAGGCCUCAGUUGCCUCAUGCUCGAGAGGCUGUCCGUGGAUAAUGGCCAGAAGCGCAGAAUCUCCUUAACGGUUUGGUGCUGCUUUUUAGUUGCAACUGCCGUGGUGGAGCCUUACAACUGCGCCCGCUCACCCCUUGAGCAUACGGAUGCUACCAUCAUGUACGGCAACGAGGCCCUGUACAGUACCUGCCGCAGGCACUUGGACAUCGAGCGACCAGCGGACACCAAUGUGAACCGCCUUAUCGCUCAGUUUAUCUCAAGUUUGUCGGCAUCGCUGCGCUUCGGUGGAGCCUUGAACGUGGAUAGCACAGAGUCCCAGUCCAACCUGGUCCCGUACACACACAUCCACAUCAUCUUGACGUCCUCUACCCUGGUCAUCUCGGCAGAGAAGGACUACGGUGAGCAGCUGUCGGUGGCGGACAUCACCAUGUCCGUUUUCGAGCCGGCACCCAUGAUGGUCAAGUGCGAUGUACGCCAGUGCAAGCACAUGGCCUGCUGCAGGACGUACCGUGGCGGCGUCGUUCCGAAGGAUGUGAAUGCGGCAGCGGCUACCAUCAACACGCAAUGUACCAGCCCAUUUGUGGACUGGUGCACCACCGGCUUCAAAUGUCAUACGUGCAUGCUGCGGCGCAGCACCGCCGUCGCCGUUGCUUGCGGUGACAUGGCAGCCGUGGAGAAGGACUACGACGAGGUUGGCAUCGAACAACUGAGGGCGAGUGAGAGGAACAAGGUUACGGCUAUGAGUUCUGAGUGCUUCGUUGCUGAGCAGAUGCCGGCCUACUAG